AUGGCUAAGAUUAUCAACUUGGUUUUGAUGCUCUCUCUUCUCCUUGUAGUAGCUUCCGAAGGCCAAUUUCUUGCAAAUGGGAUUUUGAAGCCGCCGGCCACCCUGAAAUGUGAAUCAGUGUAUGGUGUGAAAACUGGAGACACCUGUUUUGAGAUUGCACAGGCUUUCAGCUUGCCAACUGAGCUCUUCGAUUCAAUCAAUCCCAAUCUGAAUUGCACAGCUCUUUUUGUAGGCCAAUGGGUUUGUCUUAACGGCACACUUAGUUAA